ACAGAGAAAUCCCCCCUGGAGGUCCGAGAGUCCCCUGGGUGGCCCCCGGUACCCGGUACCUGGUCCCGGGCCCCUCAGAGAGCCCGAGCUGGACCCUCGGACCUGGAACCAGGAGGAGGAGACAGUUUAAUUGGUGGAUCUGCUGGACAGGUGUGUCGGGUGCGCGCACAGGUGUGUCGGGUGCGCGCACAGGUGUGUCGGGUGCGCGCAGGACAGGUACGCGGCACCGCGGCGGUUACGCGCAGCGCGCCGGAGCGGAUUGGAUGAAUGCGCAGCAGCGCGUCUGCGCGUAACGGCCACUGCGCGCGUCCGAACUGGAACCAAACUGGGUCAGCAGAAGCCGAACUGGACCUGGAACCGAACUGGAUCAGGAGGAACCGACCUGGCCCCGGAACCCUGACAGCAGCGGUCUGGUGAUGGAGUGGAGGGAUCCGUCCCCCCGCAGCUGCCAGGACGCCUUCGCGGAGGCGCAGCGCUGGAUGGAGGCUGUAACCAAGAAACGCUUCAGAAGCCACGACUUCCGAUCCGCCCUGGAGGACGGCGUUCUGCUGUGCGAUCUGAUCAACAACAUCCAGCCCGGCGUCAUCCGGAGGGUGAACCGGCUGCCGACGCCCAUCGCUGGCCUGGACAACCUCAACGUCUUCCUCCGGGCCUGCGGGACGCUGGGACUGAAGGAGGCGCAGCUCUUCCACCCCGGAGACCUGCAGGAUUUGAGCACCAGAGUCACAGUCAGGACCCAAGAAACCAGCCGGAGGCUGAAAAAUGUUCUGAUCAGCAUCUACUGGCUGGGGAGAAGAGCUCACUGUGACCGUCUCUACGAUGGACCUCACCUGAACUUCAGCGCCUUCGAGGGAUUACUGGGCUCGGCUCUGUUCAAGGCUCUGCAGGAACCGUCUGGCCUGCGCAACAGCGGCGGCAGCGUCAGAGACAGCGGCUUCGGAGACAGCUGGGACCCGGAGCCCCCGCACACCCCCCACCUGAGAGGUAGCAGGGAGGAGCCCCCCCACCGCAGAGACCCGGAGCGGGAGGAGAACCCCCACCGCAGACGCAGGAGGGACGACUCCCUGGACGGCUGGGACUCGUCGGGCUCCAGACCUCACAGCGUCUCCUCAGACGCCGCUCUCAGAGGCAGCAGCGAGGGUUGCUGCAGCGACUCCGAGGCCGACUCCGCCCUCAGGAUGUCUGAGAAGGACCCGCUGUACCGCCGCUCGGUGGUCAUCACGCCGAAGGCCAGCGGCCCGUUCAACCAGUUCCUGCCGAGCCGGGACAAGCCGGCGGCGUACGUGCCGGCGCCGCUGCGCAAGAAGCGGGCGGAGCGCGGCGACGACGCCAACCGGCGCAGCUGGGCUAGCGUGAGCUACGUCGAGGAGGACGACGCCCCGAUCACCAGACGGCCAUCGGCGCCGGACGGUGAGGACGGGAGUAAAUCCACCAGCGACAUCCAGGCCGACCUCUCGGUCCACCGGCAGGCCCGACAUGAGGAGCUGCAGAAAUACCGCGAGCAGGUCAAGGAGAGCGAAGACAAGUGGCAGGAUGACCUGAGCAAGUGGAAGAACCGGCGCCGCAGCGUCAAUGUCGACAUCGUGAAGAAGAAGGAGGAGAGGGAGAAGAUCGAGCUGGCCACGUACGGCGGGGACAGAGCGUCCUGGAGCAGCCGGGACGGAGACGAGGACAGACCGAGCAGCAGGAAGAACAGCAUCGGCCGCCGGCUCGGAUCUCUGUCCUUCCUGGACGACAACGAGGACGUGUUCGUGCCGCCCGUCGCCGUCCGGACCCGGACGCUGCCGCCCCGGAGUAACACCAUCGACACUCCGUACCACGACCCCCCCGAGGCAUCCCAGCCUCAGCCGCCUCAGCCGACCCCCCGGUCGGGUAUCGGUGCCGGCUCCCGUCCCAGAUCCCGCUACGCUGAGACCGUAGAGCGUCCUGCAGACGUCGCCACUGACAGCAGCCCCCCCCGGUCCCCAGCGGCGGCUCCGUUACGGAGGAGCAGAGUCCUGGAGGACGCCGGUAUCACCAGCACCACCAGCAGGGCCCCCGAGACCUCCAUCUCCUCCUCCCGCCCCCGACCCGCGGCGCCAGAGCCGGAGCCGCGGCGCCCCGUGCUGGAACAGCUCAAACAGCCCAGCCGGAUGGAGCCCCGGCCCCCCGGGCCCCCCGGGGGGGCUCAGGUGUCCCAGGUCUCCGCCUCCCUCCCCCGGAGCUACCAGCGCUCCGACUCCGCCAGGAUCGCCUCCGUGGUGGCGCCGAGGCCCUUCGGGACCCAGUCCACCCAGUCCACCCGCAUCUCUGCUCCCAGACCCUUCACGAUGGACGACACCCACAAGCGCGUCAACGGCAACGCAGAGGUUUCCAAGAAGACGUCGGUGCCCAGCCGGUACCACCAGUUCAUGACCUCGGAGGAUGAGGCCCAGUCCAGCUCUGCCCACAGCAGCGAGGAAGAGGAGGAGGAGGAAGAGGAGGAGGAGGAGCCAGCCAGGAGCGUCAGGAGUGAAGCUGCAGCCGGAGACGCCAGCCAGGAGAACUCCUGUGAGAUGCGGAUCAACCUGAACCAGAAGCCCAACAGCAGCAGGGACUUCGGGUUCCAGGCGGCCUGGGACUCGACCGGGGCCCGGGUCACGUCUGUGCAGCCAGGUAGCUCCGCGGAGAUGUGCCGGCUGCAGCCGGGGGACGAGGUGCUGACGGUGAACGGCCAGCAGGUGGCGGGCAUGAGCUACACGGCCUGGAAGUCCGGCCUGGAGGCGGCGCUGCAGGACGGCAGUCUGGUGAUGGACGUCCGUCGCCACGGCCAGAACCACUGGGACAGAGAUCCUCCUUCCCUGCCGUUCCAAACCCAUAAGACGAUCAAUCUGACCCGUCCGGAUCCUCCGGUCCCUCCAGGUUCUGCUGACCCGAACCCGGGCCGGACCAGCCUGGACUUCACCUCCCGGGACGGACCGGUACCGGCCAGAGACCCCACCCCGCGGCCCGUCGUGGUCGUGUCCAACGGCGCCAACGGGAAUCUCCUGGAACCCGUCACCCUGAGGAACAGAGAAUCAGAACCGGUUUCUCUGAAGAACUUAAAACGGAGGUCUGAGUUCUUUGAACAAGGAGGAUCAGACCCUGCGAUGCCUGAUAUCCCGGUUCCCUCCAUCACUCCUCCCUCCAGCCGCUGGUCCUGGGACCCCGAGGCCGAGCGCCGACGCCAGGAGAAGUGGCAGAAGGAGCAAGAGGACCUCCUGCAGGAGAAGUACAAGCGUGAUCAGGAGAAGCUGCACGACGAGUGGCUCAAAGCUCAGCAGGAGAUCGCCACCAGCAAGCAGGAGUUUUUGGUCGUGGAGGUCAACAGCCACAGCGUCAGGCCACAGUCGCCCUCCCCGUCUCCCUGGGAAGAGGAGGAGGAGGAGAGGAGGCAGGAGGAGCAGGAGCUUCUAAUACUGGCGGAGGAACAGAGGAGGAGGGAGGAGCAGGAGCUCCAACGACAGGCGGAGGAACAGAGGAGGAGGGAGGAGCAGGAGCUCCAACGACAGGCGGAGGAGGAGAGGAGGAGGGAAUCGGAGGAGCGUGAGCUGCAGCGUCUCCAGGAGGAGAGGAGGAGGAAGGAGAUGCAGGACGAGGAGGAGCAGAGGAGGAAGGAGGAGGAGGAGCUGCUCUGGCAGAGGAAGAGGGAGGAGGAGAGGAGGAGGGAGGAGGAGAGGAGGAGGAGGGAGGAAGAGGAGCUGAUGUGGCAGAGGAAGAGGGAGGAGGAGCGGGAGGAGGCCCGGAGGCGGCAGGAGGCUGCAGAGCAGCAGCGCAGAGAGACGGAGAGAGCGGCGGAGCAUCAGCGCUGGGCUGCUGGCUCCUACGGCCUCACUGGACUCCAGCGUCCGCUUUCCUUCUCCGACAGGUUGAAAUCCAAAUCGACUCCGCAGCUGGACGAGGACGAGCCGGCCCAGAGGAGAGAUGCAGUUGCUCAGGCCCGAGCCGAGUCUAGCUGGCUGCUGGAGGAGCAGCUGAUGCUUAGGCGUGAGAUCCAGGCCCGGAACCGACGGGCCGCCUUGGAGCCGGAGCGGAGACCCGUCCGAACUGCUAGUAACUGGGAGCUGGAGCAGAGACCCGUCCGAACUGCUAGUCACUGGGAGCUGGAGCAGAGACCCGUCCGAACUGCUAGUCACUGGGAGCUGGAUAGAGAGUCGGGGGGCGGCGUCACCGAUAAGAAAAGUCAGCAGUCGCUGUCGCAGGCCGAGCUGGAACGGCAGCAGAUCCUGAACGAGAUGAAGAAGAAGACUCCGCUGCUGACGGACCGGAGCUGGAUCCGUCAGGGCCCGUCCGGCAACGCCGCCGCCGGCAGAGAGAAUGACGCGUCGGCCAUGCGCAGAGGUGAAUCUCUUGACAACCUGGACUCCCAUAACUCCUGGCGCUCGUCCUGGACCCCCCGGAGCGGCUCCUACGUCCAGAACUACUCCCAGAACUACUCCCGCCCGCAGUCCAUCAGCUCGUCCUCGGUGUUCGGGGCCUCCACCCUGCCGGCCUCGUACUCCGCCGGCUCCCUGCGGAGUGGGGCAGGAACCCCCUCGGCCCCCUGGUCCCGCCAGUCGUCCUCCCCGUCCCCCUCUCUCCCGUCACCCUCGUCCCCGGAGCCUGAGGGCCCCCAGCAGAGGACCAGGUCAGUGAGUGGAAAGAAAAUUUGUACGUUCUGUGACGCGGCGCUGGGGAAGGGAGCGGCCAUGAUCAUCGAGUCCCUGGGACUCUGUUAUCACUUGACCUGUUUCAAGUGCAUCGAAUGCAAGUCCGACCUCGGGGGAUCCGAAGCCGGCGCCGAGGUCCGGAUACGGAACAAGCAGCUGUUCUGCAACUCCUGCUACGUGCGGGUCAAAAGCGGCCAGCCAACCACCAUGUGAGGUUCUGCAGCAGAUCGACGAGGAGACGACGAGUGACAACAACCCAUGAACUCCAGCGGGUCGCCUGGUCGACUCCCUGAUCAUGAUGAUGAUGAACCUGUUUUUACCGUGUGAGAUUUUUGCGGGGUUAAGAUUUCAGAGUUAUCUACUUUAAUGUUUAUACAUCGUAUUGAAUACUCCAGCUGUACAAACGUGUUUCCCACUUCUGCAUGCUCCAGUUAUCGUGUCCGCCGUGAAGCUACAUGUAGUUGAAUAAGUAAAAAGACCUUUCUGCAGUUAGAUGACCUGCUUAUCGGGAGAAAAUCGUUAAUUCCUCUGAGUCUCGUGGUUAUUAACCUUUUUGUCUAAAUAACUUUUCUUUUCAUGUCCAUGUGCCUUUUGCAUCUGUAACGGAUAAGUCAUUAAAAUGAUUAGCAAUCUCUUACAACGUAUUUAAAAACAUCUGCUUUGACGCUGCAUCAUUCUGAAUGAAACUGAAGAGUAAGACACUGUAAAUAAAUGAUGAAAUGUU